UUUAUAGGCAUAUAAUUGUCAUCUCAUUUGCCAUAGACGUCGUCGUUCAUACUCCAUAAGACCAUAACCAUGGAAAAGGAUAAUAAUGAGUUUAAGCUACAUAUUGGCAUUCUUUCAAGCCCCGGAAUAGGCCACAUAAUCCCGGUUCUUGUCCUAGGCAAGCGCCUCGUCGCGGUCCACAACGUCAAAGUCACCGUCUUCGUCGUCACCACCGCCGGUUCACCCACCGAAGCGCAGCUCAUCAAGUCCUCGGACAUGGCGGAAAACCACCUCAACAUCGUCGAAAUACCGCCGGUUGAUAUCUCCGCCUUCCUCGACGACAACACCAAGAUGGUCACCCAGCUCUGCCUGCUCGUGCGCGCGGCUUUGCCCGGCGUGCGCUCCGCCUUACGGGGCGUGAACCGCCGCCUAGAUGCCCUGAUCGUCGACCUGUUUUGCACGGAAGCCCUGCCGGUCGCCGAUGAGCUUAACUUGCCCAAAUUUGUCUACGUUCCGAGUAAUGCUUGGUUCGUCGCCUUGACGGUUUACUGUCCGGUCCUGGACCGGGAAAUCGCGGGUCAGUAUGUUGACUGGGAAAAGCCGUUGGGAAUUCCGGGUUGUAAGCCGGUUCGACCGGAGGACGUGGUUGACCCCAUGUUGGACCGGAAUGAUCAGCAGUACCGGGAGUACCUAGGGCAAGGGCGUGGGUUCACCAUGUCGGAUGGGAUCUUGAUGAAUACUUGGGAAGAUGUUGACCCGGGCUCACUCAAAGCGCUUAGAGAAAAUGAAACGCUAAGGAAAGUCGUGAGCGGACCGGUUUACGCGGUCGGUCCGCUGACGAGAGACAUGGAAGAAAGAGAUGGUUUUGAUGGGACGAUAAUGCAAUGGUUAGACAAGCAACCUCGUGAGUCCGUCCUGUACGUGUCGUUUGGGAGCGGUGGAACGUUAUCGGCCGAGCAAAUAACCGAGUUAGCUUGGGGAUUAGAACUGAGCGAGCAAAGAUUCAUUUGGGUGGUUCGACCACCUUCACAAUGUGGCUCUGACAAGUCCUUCUUCACAAUCGGACAAGGAGCUGACGGUACGCCGGAUUAUUUGCCGGAAGGGUUUUUGACUCGAACUCACAACCAAGGGUUGGUAGUGUCCAUGUGGGCUGAACAGGCACUGAUUUUAAGACAUCCGUCAACGGGAGGGUUCUUGAGUCAUUGCGGAUGGAACUCGACACUGGAGAGCAUCACAAACGGAGUGCCAAUGAUCGCGUGGCCGUUGUACGCAGAACAAAGGCAAAAUGCCACCAUGCUAACGGAGGAGCUGGGGGUUGCAAUUCGGCCGGCGAAAUUGCCGACUAAGGAAGUAGUUGCAAGGGAAGAGGUGAAAACAUUGGUGAAAACGAUGGUGCAGUACAAGGAAGGGAAGGAGUUGAGGAAAAGGGUUCAGAAACUAAGGAUUAGUGCAGAGAAGGCUUUAAGCACUGAAGGCUCAUCUUACAAUUCCAUGUGUGUGGCUUUGAAUAUGAUUCAGAAAAGGAGGGAUUUGAAAUUGCACAUAGAUGCAUGAAACGGGUCAAACUCAUAACUUUUUUAUAUGAAAAUUAUG